AUCUCAUGCUUCACAUAAAUCCACCGACCGGGCAUUGAAGAGCAAAGUGAAGUAGGUGGCAGCUGAUGAGCCUCUUCAAUGAGCACUGCAAGCAACCGGAGAUCACACUCCCCCAUGCCUCCACUAUAUCUGCACUCCUCUACUGCUUCAUCCCUUAGCAUCAUCAUCCAUGGCCUCCACGGCUGAAGUGUUAGUGGCGGUGAAGUCCUCGCCGGACAGGUUCUGGGAAGCCAUCCGUGGCUCCACCGAGCUCUUCCCCAAGGUCUUCCCCGAGCAGUACCAGAGCAUCGAGAUCGUCGAGGGCGAUGGCCGCAGCGCCGGCACCGUCCGCCUGCUAAAAUACGCCCAGGGAGUUCCACUGGUGACGUUCGCCAAGGAGAAGAUCGAGGAGGUGGACGACGCAAGCAAGCAGGUGUCGUACAGCCUGAUCGACGGCGAGCUGGUGAGCUACUACAAGAACUUCAAGGCCAGCCUGAAGGUGGAACCCAACGGCGACGGCAGCCAGGUGAAGUGGUGCAUGGAGUACGAGAAGGCCAACAUAGAGGUCCCUGACCCGGACCUCGUCACGGAGACGGCGACCAAGACCUUCAGUGCCUUGGAUGAGUACCUCGCCAAGAACUAGGAAUGCUAAGGCAGUGAGAAUAAAGCCAAGAACGACAUGCCUGUGUCAUGGCCGUGCUCGGCAAUGGGAUCUUCUGGUGUUGGAAUCAUCAGCUCUGUGCUCGUCUUUGGAUCAAAACUAAAAACAAUGGAAAUGAUUGAAAGAACA